AAAGAAAAGUUAUGAUUAUUCCUUUAAUUGAGUCGUUUGUAAUUGUUCUCCAGCCUUUCCAAUUGAAACAGCAUAAGCAGUGGUACAAUCACGAAAGGCUACGAAAAAUGAAUUCUGUAGAAAUUUGUAUUUAGCCGUUGUUACCGUUGGCAAUGAAUGCAAAUAUAAUAAACGUCCCCAGAUAUCAAAUGUGGUUAGAUUCAAAUUUAGAUGUGAGGAUAUUCUUUACUUUGAUUCAACAACACCUUUGCGGGCUUCUAGCCUCCUGCUCAUCCCCAGCCUCAGGCAUGAGAGAUAAAAGGCGCUUGAUAAUAGCCGCAGGCGUUGAGAGAUCAAGCAAUUCAGAAGUCUCCACCCAGGGUUUGUAGGAUAGAACUAGCAAAAGAACCUUGACUACAGGCCAUACGAUCUUUCAUGGGUUGGCUGAUGAAGUGAGCCACAAAGCACAAACACGGCAUUCAUGGGCCUGUCAUUAAAAAUAGUUGACGAUCUUUAUUAUGCAGAUUGCACCAGCAUUCUGAAGUGAAUGAACCUGCCUAACCAAAAAUAAAAAUGGAACUUUCGAUAAGGAAUUCAGGUCAUAGUAAAUACAGGGGGAUGGUUAUGAAGCCCGACAAACAAAAUGAGAAAGUCGGAAGGCCCACAACUGUGCACAACCUUUUGUUUCGCGCUCAACACAAAGUGCAUUAAUUAUGAAACCGAUAAGUUAACGUUUGUACUGUUUACUGCCUCAAUCAGAAGUAAAAAACAGUGGUAUUUUGUGCACGAUCAAGGCCAAAAAAUCCAACCAAAAAAAAUCGGCAAAAAACAUUGUCACGCCUCACAGCCAUUCUCCCUUUCUUACCAUGAUGAGGCUUUCAGUCAUUUGAUCAAUUCAGUAGAAUAUAGAGACUUCAGAGUGUUUACGUUUGUUUGCGGCGGAAGGGGAGUGGCAGUAGGGAGAGAAACUAUAGCAGUCGUUCAUGCAUCUUUACAAGGAACAGAAUAACCUGAAUAAAAAAAGUUGAUCGUGUGUUCUUGUUUGUAUAUUUAUCAUUACAGUUCAUUUGGUUUCUCAAAUUAAUCUUACGGUAAAUGCAUGCAAAACAUACCGAUUACGGAUCUCGCACAGGACGUUGAAGGCAUUGGCUAAAUCUAAGUGGCAAUUGAAGUUCUUCUUCGGUAUUGUCCCGCUAAACUUGGCAAAUAUAUAAACUGGUGGUCGCGAGAUCGUAACGUCCAGAUGUUCAUUUAUCUGCACUUUUUAAUUACAGUUUUGUUUCAAGAACGGAAACAAAGGAACUUCUUUAAUAGAAUUUGUCAGACUCGUCAAUAGAAGGCUUUUAGCUUUCGACAUUUUAUUUGUUCCCUUCCACUGUAAUGCACCUCAACAGUGGCUUAGUCUUCCAUAGUAAAGAGUUACUACAUUAUACCAGAGCCUAGAAUCGUGUCAUCUAGUUUUGCCUGUAUUCAGCUCAACUACUUUUAAUAAGAAUCAAAACAACUGAGCGACCGUGAUAAUCUGAACAGCAUCUUCACUUGAGUUUCGCAAAUCAAAUCGAUUCGAUUUAACGAUCAUGCUCGAAAACAACAACUCAGACGUCUCUCCCAUAGCGAACGAAAAUCGCACGUGUAUACUGCCAAUUGAUCCUGUCGCUGAAGUGAUAAGCUACGCUACUAUAUACAGCAUUCUUUUGAUUGCUUCCCUGGUGGGAAAUUCUCUGCUUAUUUUCGCCUGUCUAAAAUCGAAAACCACGAUUAACCUGAUAAUAACCAACGAAGCUGUUUCGGAUCUCUUGUACUCCAUAGUUCACUUAACUCGAGAGAUUGUGGUUCAAAUCACAGGCUCCACGGCUUUUCUGGUCCAUCGAUGGAUUGGGCAUGUCCUCUGUAAGAUCUGUACCUUCACUGUUGACGCUGCCAUUGCUGUGUCCACACUGUCCUUGAUUUUGGUUGCCGCAGACAGGCUGGUCGCAGUUGUAUUUCCAACAGAAUAUAAUCAAAUCACUGUCAAAAAGCGACGGCUUCUCAUCCUUUCCACUUGGAUUGUAGCAAUGGCAAUUCAUUCUCCGUAUUUCUACACUUUCCGUUUGGACGCAAUCAAUGGCGAAACUUUUUGUUUCACAAACUGGGAGCCGGCCUUCAAUCAUGAGUCAACACAUACCCGAUACUACACUGCGCUACUGUUUGUUGUACUGAUUGUGCCACUAGUAACAGUAUCUAUACUACAAACUAUAACCUUGCUGAAAUUGAGACAAGACAAUAUGAUGCCUUUUCGUACCUCUAUUGCCAAUCAGCGACACAAGAAAAAUAACAAAAAUCUGCUGAAGAUGUCUGUGGUGAUCGUUUUGGCAUUUGCAUUGUGUUGGCUACCUUUUAUUGCCUUUCAGUUUCUUUUUCUUUUCUUUCCCAGUUCAAUUCCACGUUGCAGUUUAGGUUUUACAAUAGUUAAUAAACUUGUAUUUCUUUUUUCGUUGUGUCAUUGUAUAGUGAAUCCAUUUAUUUGUUUUUCCUUUAUGCAUCGUGUUCGUAUUGCCAUAAACCUUGCAACAGAAAAGAAGAGUUUAACCUUCAUGGAAACAAGAUUAUGACAAUUGGCAGAAAAGCAAAUACACUUUUGGGCUUCUCCCAGUUCACGGUCGCUACCUAUCAAACUUAUUCCAAGUAAUCAAAUGAAUAUUGAAUUUUCUUACGAUUUCUUUAUCAAGCUAGGCUACGUGGAUGCAUUUGUUUUCUAUUCGACUAAAGCAAUUAUAUUUGCAUGGGCUGAAACGUGUAAUGAACUUUCCUCUAGAAACAACUGAAUUGUCUGUCACUAAUUUUCGCGUAGCAAGUUAAAGCAACGAUUUCUUGUGCUUCUUACGCUCUUCUUUAGCAGCUAGGGCAAGUGAGAAAUCAUUUUGCUUUAAGAUAAAGGUAGUUUUUGCACAUACCCUUUUUCUCCGACGUGAUAUUUUUUCAAGCGCUCGAGGCGCGAGCGCGAGAGCAAGCGCGGAGCGCGACAGCGGCCUCGACGCGGGCCGCCCCUUUGCGUUCGGUCUUUUUCAAAUUCCCUGCGGUUAAUACUUUUGCUUACGAUCUCGACAAACUCAAGACAAAAUAGAGGGCCUGUGGACAGAGUAAGAUAAAAGAUUAUUAUAACCCUUCUGAACAUUUCUGUUAAGACAACAUUGUCCUAGGCAUUGUAGGGAUUGCCCUUUUUCCAUUGUCGUUGUCAUUCUCUCUCGUAGAGCCAGCAAACAAACAAACAAACAAAACAACAAAACAACAACAAAAACAACAACAAAAAACCAGAGAAUAGUGUGUGCCCUAUAGAUGCGUGAGAUUCGACUGAAUAAAAGCAAAGUAGUUUUUUUUUACUUCUGCACGUUAGUUACUGCAUGUAUCUGUGAGUUACUCGAUUUGCUUUAUAAAAAAGUAAUGCAUGGUCUCGAACGCAUCACUCCCUUCCAAAGCCAACAUUCGGACCAUUGACAGUUGUUGGAAAAUCUGGGUUACGGCGAUUAACCUUCGCAGAGCGAAAUUUUUUUGAAAAUUUAUAAUGAUGGGCAGGUGGGACAGCGAGCGCUUUCUAUUACCCAGGUUAUAAUGUAACAUGAACUUAUGAUUGUGUCAGCUGGUCCGACAGCAUCGAACUACGUACAUGCAUGAGGUGACAGGAUGACAGGAGCCGUAAGACCACAAAAACAUACUAGUUGCUUGCUCACUUGCGAUCAGGGCUUCUUUUGUCAAGAACGCCUGAUCGCAGACUACUAGUUGCUUAGUACUGAAACUCCGAUAAACUUGCCAAAAAUCAAUUCGAAUGACCCUGUAUGAAGAAACGUUGUAUUACAUCAUGCAUGCGGUGCGCACACUCGAUCGUGUUGGAGUCAUUUUCCUGCUUGAUAAGCUUAUUAUAUAUGCCGUCAGUAAGAAUGGCAAUAGUCUACUUUAAAUAUAUUAAAAUUCUAACUUCGCUCCGAGGUUUAGGCGAAUAAAACAAAACAAAACAUAUAGAGGAUAAGCGAUCAAUAAUCGAUUUUCUUUGUUGUAAUUUCCCUAAGCCUCGGGUCCAAGUUAUAAUUUCAAUAUAUCAAAAAUUGGCCUAUUCGGACGCUAACGCUAACUUUGUUCACUGGUUGACCAAUUUUGGAAAUAAUCAUUCAUUUCGACCAUCUGUAUCGCGAGAGUAUGGUGCUUGGGACCGUCUAACUGUUUUUUAAAAUAAACCUAAUUUAC